GGCAUUUCUUUUACUUGGAUAUUUAAAGCUUAAUUUGUGUAAAAUUCAUAUGGUAUUAUUUUUUUCUUCAUUUUCACUCUUCUUGUACUUUCCAAGGUACAUUUGGUCACAGGAGCGUUCUUCCAAAUACACCAAGAGGUUUCCACAUCUCAGAGGACGUGGUUGAUUUCCCUACGCAUCACCUUCAACAAUGUGCGUUAUCAUCAAGCAACUUUCGUGGAGUCCAGUACACCUGUGAAGUACAUCUCCCUCUCUUCAUGACUCCCUCACAGAAAUCUACACUGCGUAUUUGCAUAGCUCAUCCCUGCAACAGAUAUCCCGCGGAGAUGCGCAGAAGACAGGAAAGCUUGUCGGAACCAUUCUACCAGCUUGCGACCGUGAUCAAGUUUUCUCUUGAAUCAAAGGAAGAUGAUCUCAAGCUUUUGUGUCUUUCUGAUUCAGAAAAGGUCCAGGAAACUGUCCCUGUUCGUGGUCUACUGAAGGGAGAAUGCAACACUCUUGACUUCGAGCUGAUGUCCUCACCUGAUGAGGGAGGGGCGAAGAGUAUCUGUCUACGUAUUGAGCAGGGCACAUCAACACUCGCAGAGCAACACAUGCCCACCUCUAUAGAAGGUGUGUCAAUUGUGGCUUAUACAAAAUUCAGAGAACUUUAUUUCGCCAUUACGGUUGAAGGAAGUUCACGCUAUAUAAACCUUCUUACCUUGUAUAUUCUUCUGGUUUUUAAUGUGGAAAAUAAAUGAAAUUAAAAAAAUAAUGAAAUAAUAUCUAGACAAGGGGACAAUAAAUGAAAC